AAACUAAUUGAACUGCCAGUCAUCGUGGUUGUCAGCUUUUAACAAUUUAUCCAUAUAGAAAUCCGGAUUAAAAUUACUGCUUUUGGCAAUAGAAAUAGUUUUUAAACUUAAAUAAUUGAAUAUGAGUGUGCGUGUAAUUAAUGAUGAUGUCCACUUUCAAGCAGAGCUUAGUUCUGCUGGAAUCCGCCUUGUGGUGGUGGAUUUCACAGCUAGUUGGUGUGGACCGUGCCAGCGCAUAGCUCCACAUUUUGAAUUGCUUCCUAAUAAAUAUCCAAAAGCAAUUUUUCUGAAAGUGGACGUUGACAAGUGCCAAGACACCGCUGCUAGUCAAGGUGUUUCAGCCAUGCCUACAUUUAUUUUUUAUCGCAACCGGGCAAAAAUUGAUCGCGUUCAAGGUGCUGAUAUUAUGGUUCUGGAAGGUAAAAUUCAAGAGCACAUCGGCUCUACCGGAGGCGACGAAGCCGGUGAAGACUAUGGUCAAGGACUCAUGGAACUGAAUACAUUCAUUUCGAAACAAGAAUGCGAAUGUUUGAACGAGGCCGAUGACCAUUGCUUAAACCAUUGUCUUACCUCGAACGGUGGUUAUCUGCAAUCAGACUGUGACGAACAAUUAAUUUUGUCGGUGACAUUUAAUCAACUAGUAAAAAUUCACUCAUUGAAAUUUAAGGCACCACCACACUUGGGGCCAAAAGAAAUUAAGCUGUUUAUAAAUCAGCCCCGUACAAUCGACUUUGACAUGGCCGAAUCUAUGACGAGUGUACAAGAUUUAACAUUGGAACCUAAGGAACUUGAAAGCGGACAACCAGUCAGUCUUCGUUACGUAAAAUUUCAAAAUGUUCAAAACAUACAAAUAUAUAUUCGUAACAAUCAAUCGGGUGGAGAAGUUACACAACUUGAUUAUAUUGGAUUCAUAGGUUCGCCAAUUAUGACUACGAAAAUGACAGACUUUAAGCGUGUUGCCGGUAAAAAGGGGGAAAGCCAUUAAAAGUUCUCAGUGCAUACAUCGAGCAAUAAACAGCACUAUAUGUAUAUUGAAUAUAUUUCCAAUCGCUUUUCUAAUAUUCCA